CAUUACUCGACAAGAGUAGCAAAUGAAGGUCCACACCUCCAUAGAUGGAACCUAGUAUCCUGGGAAUCGGAAUGGAAAAUCCCUCCCGACAGUUACCUCUGGAGACAAGACCAGAGUCCGGCCCGGGACUUUACUUUUAAUUCAUAUACACAAAACGAUCAGAUCGUCUUCACCAAACGAGCAGUACCUGGUAUUCUUUUCGGGCCUACAUUCAACCGGCACGGCAAGAUGCCCACGCAUAUCACCAUAAGUGCUAUUUUCUUUACAAGUAAGUCUUGGCGCGCAACAUGUUACGAUAUGCUUUUUUGAACUUGACUUGCACGCCUGAGACAGACAAACAAGCCGAUUUGUGGCUUCAGAAAGCCCGCCAGCACUCCGCCCGUUGUAAAUCGUUUCACCUCCAUUUCACACCGGUUAUCGUCUAUAGCUACUGUCCUUUCCAGGAACUGUUCCAUAAGCAAUGACGUUUUUGCACCUGGACGGGACUCUCGUGAGCGAAGACAUUCUUGGUAUGGGAGGCUCGGGCUUGGUCAUUCGUGAGGGAACAUUUGCAGUCAAAAUACCACGACUCUGGCGAGGUGUCGAUGUACCUGACAAUGGGAGACUCACGCCUGAGGCGGAGGCUUUCGAUAUGCGCCAAUUCAGAAUCGAUCAGAUGAAGCGAGAGAAGUCGAUUCUACAGAGACUAGGAGACUGCGAGGGAGUUGUUCCUUGUUUUGAUCUGGAAUCCUCCGGAGUUUCGAUUCGCAUGAGGCACAUGGAGAACGGCGAUCUUCGCGACUACCUAAGAAGCCAAAAGCCGAAUCGACAGAUCCGACUCCGAUGGUUGAGAAGUAUGGCACAUACACUCUCUGAUAUCCACCGCCGACGUGUCAUUGUCGCCGACCUACGUUCGGAUAAUUUCUUGAUCGACAAGGGCAUGUCCAUCUACUUGGCCGAUUUAGGAGAAUCCUGCAUGAUGCCAUUGGAUUGGGACAUGAAGGAUUCCAAUGCGGACGGAGAGUCCGCCGCUACUGACAUUGGGCAAUUCGGCGCAGUCAUGUUUGAAGUUAUAACCGGCCAACGGUGUAAAUUCGACCUCAUGCAAGACUGGAAGUCAAGUGGAGAUCGGUUUUCGUGGCCACGGAGAGAUAGUCUUCCUUCGGUCGACGGGUUAUGGUUGGGCCACAUCAUUGAGGCUUGCUGGACCCAGGGCACUUUUUCAUCCGCCGAUGAUCUAGCGACGGCGCUCGAGCAGGCCUGUUGAAACAGAGGUCUUCCUAUGCUGACUGAAGGAAAAGUUGCCUUGAAACGAAAAUGAUUCACACCAAUUCGAUCUGCUCUCCUUGACCUGGGCCAAUUGCGCCUCCAGGGCUUCUGAACCUUGAUUGAACAUCGGCCAUCCCUCAAUUGUUGGUUGGAGUAUCCGUUAUUCCACAUGAUUCUUAGAUACCAAGUUCUUGUAUUUCAAGGCUUCGCACCUCGCACCUCGCACCUCCAAGAGGUAGGCACUGGGACGGGGAACGAAAGCACUCCGCUAAAAAGGCCCUCGCCGCACAACAAAGGAGAGGUGGGAGGCCAGGCGGAGCCAGGGAGGCAAGAGAGGCAAGAGAGGCAUGUGGGCAGUUCAAAGCUAAACGAUCCCUGACGCCGUUGUAUCUAUUUCGAAUGGAGUACGCUCACUUUGUUGGACUUGGCUUGGUCAAGAGUGGACUGAACCGGAGGUUGGCGACCAUCGAGGAGGUCUUUCUAGGUAAGAAUGAUUCUAUCCGGUGCGUCGUCUCGUGAAAGCCAUCUUUGAUUGCCCUGAAUAACCUCGUCAUUGGAGAGCUGCGGUGAACGAUGCGAACAACUGUUUGGGAAGAGGUACGGCCAAAAAGAGCUACCAAAGAGGGCGGCUGCACUGAAGUACCAAGAGAUGAGUGCGAACAAGGUGUUGUUCGGUGUGAUAAACGACAACGGCACAUUGAUUCAAAGAAGUUGAUCUUUCACUGUAUCUGCGAAGCACCCUCAGCUAUAAUCAGGGGAGGCCAUUCCAUCAACCCCAUCACCGCUCCCCUCCAAAGGCAGGACGGGAGGCUGGUAUUUCAAUUGUACUUGCCCUUGGGGAAACUUUCCCGUCCCAU